UUUCAACGCACCACACUGACUUUCAGGGGCUGAAUCAGGUUGAGAGCAGACUUGAGUGAAACCAUGCAGAGAGAGACUCUUACGACCAUUCUCCUUUUACUCUGUGCUGGGCUUCCAGGUGACUGUGGAACUAUAGAGUUUCCAGGACUCCAUUCUGAUAUAACCGGCUGUGUGAAAACGACAUGUGCCAGGAGUAUCAAUGCCUGCAUGGACGCACAUGGACAGGCCCCCACAGAACAUCUCAAGGGUUGUGUUGUCCGCAUGUGUAGGAAAAUUACCAACCGCUGUGUAGAUCAGUUCAUCCAACAGUACCUGCCUCUGUUAUUGGCACAAUUUCCACGAGCUUCCUCAAUUGUCCAACCAAAUGCCGAGCUACUCAUGGCUGAAAUGACAGAUGCAUAUCUUCAAUGCUGGCUUGAGACAACGGACUCCAAAGUCAGUGGUUGUUUUAUGGACAGAUUCAUUGAUAAGGCACAGCCGUUCAUUACCCCGUUGUUUGCAUUGAUCUUCGAUGAUCCAGUCCUUGUGAGCUGUUGGCUCUCCCAUGCUCUGAAAGGAAUGGUAAGCUGCUUUGGUCAGCUAGAUGACAACUACAUCAAGGAAAUGAAAAAAAGGGCGGAGAGAGAGAUGAAGGACAAUACGUUUCGUUAUAUGACAUGCAUGAGCAAACCUAUGAAAAACUGGGACUGGUGUAAAGGACUCUUUGAUUAUCUUUUCGCUUCAUCACCAAAGAGGAAACGCCAGUACAAAGACUUCCUCGUCUGUUCAAUCCACGGUGUGAUUACUGCAACAGCUAAAUGCUAACUUGUACGAGGGGAAAGUUAUGCAUUUGCAGAUUUCCAAAGCAACAGCUGAACCGUGGAAACCCUAGAAAAACUGAAUGAAGUAUUUUUAAUUAAUCACCCAUGAACGCUAAAAGUUUGAUUAUGCCUUGAAGAUCAUUAUUUUAUUCGUUCUUGUUUAUCUUUUUAAAAUGUAUCUUUUAAAAUGGUAUUUUAUUACAUGCACUGAUACACAAUGAAUAAACAUAUUAUAAAUCACAA